CUCAUCGGAGCUACUCAUGAUAAAUAUAUGCUUGAUGAAUUUACUGCUUUGACAGGUGGGAAGAAGACAAUAAUAUCGCAGCAGGGACGCGGCUUAAACAGUUAUUUACAAAGUAGCUGGAUUUUUUUUUAUUUGAUGUAUUCGCUGUUAAACUGUUGCAAUGAGGAAGCGGGUCGUCAACUUUGAUACCUUCGCUUGGUUUCGGAGAUUGCAGGACAGAUUCUUACUAGCUGAAAAUGAAGAGCAGCAUUUGGAUCAUGAUGCACAUGCAGAAGAUCACGAUACCCUGCGACUGCAGGAACAAGAAUGCAGCAUCAUGAACCAUAACAACAACGUUGAUGAAAGUCAGCAUACUGAUGAGGACACCUUCUCAGAAUCUCCGUCCGAUCUGUCCCACCACCCUCCAGUUUAUAUUCCGGAAGACAUUCCAAUACCAGAUGAUUUUGAGCUUCGAGAAUCCAAAGUUUUUUCAGGGUUAGGGGUCUGGACCAGGGUGGCAGUAGAACAGGGAGAGAAGUUUGGUCCUUUUGAAGGGAUACUCAAGACUUCUGUCUCCGACCCAUCCAGUGCUUGGGAGAUAGUUGAUAAGUUUGGUAAGGUCCAAGGUUGGGUAGACGCUAGUGACCCAGGAACAGGGAAUUGGAUGAAGUACGUCCGCAGCGCCCUCUCGAGGCAAGAACAGAAUCUCAUGGCCGUGCAAGCAGACGACCAGGUAUAUUAUAAAGCCAUCAAGGAUAUCAGCCCAGGUGAAGAAAUGUUGCUGUAUGCGCGGGAUGCGGUGUAUGCAGAGAACGAGGUUGAUUCCAUUCAGAAAUCAAUAGAUGCUGAAGAUGAAGUACGUUAUUCAUGUGGAGAAUGCGGUGAGGCAUUUAGAUCCAAAGUUGCACUGCGACGACACGAAACUUACGUGUGUAACAAUGCCAAUAACAUCUACAGCAAGAUAAAUAGUGAAUUCAGGGAAAACAACCAAAAUAUGGAUGGAGACAAAAGUUCCAAUGAUAAGUCUGCCUCAGAUUCCCAGGGAGAAAGUGAACUCAAAUAUGGCGGCAACUACAUUGAAGAAGAUGGUGACCGCAAAUUUCCAUGCGAACACUGCGACAAGUAUUUCACAGAUCCCAGCAAUCUCCAAAGGCACAUUCGUGCUCAGCAUGUUGGUGCACGUUGCCAUGCCUGUCCGGAGUGUGGGAAAACCUUUGCGACAUCCAGUGGCCUGAAGCAGCACCAGCACAUCCACAGUAGUGUCAAGCCUUUCCAGUGUGAAGUCUGCCUGAAAGCGUAUACUCAAUUUUCCAACCUCUGCCGCCACAAGAGAAUGCAUGCUGACUGUCGCCAACAGAUCAAAUGCAAGGAUUGCGGCCAGGCUUUCUCAACUGUGACCUCCCUCAGCAAGCACAAGCGUUUCUGCGAAGGUGUCAUCAGAAAUGGGACCCGAUUUGGCUAUCCCAUCAAGCCCCCGGGGGUUGUGAGCCCGCAGGCAGCACCAGGGAUCCCUGCAGCAUAUAUGGGCUUUUACGGCCCUCGCCCAUUGUAUCCAUUCUACCCGCCUCUGGCAGCUGCUGCUGCAGGCUACCACAUGUUUCCGCCUGGUCACCCUCUGGCUUUGGCGCCAUCUAUGUUACCGGAUGGCAAGAUGAGCCAAACUGGCAGUGACGACAGCUAUGAUGAUCUGCCUAACAAGGCUAAGAGAGGCUCCGAGGGUUCAGAAGAUGAACGCUCCAACUUGAGCAACCAAAGCGACCUUGACUCUGCUGCAGGAUCUGAUGGUGAGAAUGAGAAAGAACAAGCACCAAAGCCUGCUCACAUUAAGGCAGAAUAUGUGCCGCCAUAUGUCAGUCGUCGAAGUCCUGUCUCCAACAGCAAUGGUACCCCAUUCAACUUGUCCAGGUCAAAUUCUCCGUCCAACAAUGAUCUUGACCAGCCUCUAGAUCUGUCCAAGAAGGUCAUCAAGAAAGAAGAAAGCGAUGAUGAAGGCAUCGCAGCCACAGCUCGCAAAACUCACAUCUAUGGUGAUGUGCGUGAGGGGGGUAACAAAUUGCACCAAGCUUUCCCCAUGGCCCAUCCCAUGAUGAUGAUGGAUAAAGAAAAGUUCCAUGCAUUUCAGCAGAAUGCUGCUAAGCUCAUGGCUUUCCAGCCUCGUUUCCCUAUGGGUGCUCCAGUCAGUUUCAGUACAGCCGUCCCCGUCCUUAGUCCGGACACCCCCAAGACUGUCCCAGCCACCAUUAAGAAUUCCGAGGCUUACCAAUAUACCCCUGGCAGUGCAAGAAGCAAGGAGAGAUAUGCCUGCAAGUUCUGCGGGAAGAUAUUCCCACGUUCAGCGAACCUGACUCGUCACUUGCGUACCCACACUGGAGAGCAACCAUACAAGUGUAAGUACUGUGAGAGAUCGUUCAGCAUCUCCUCCAACCUCCAGCGUCAUGUGCGUAACAUCCACAACAAAGAGAAGCCAUUUAAAUGUCCACUCUGCGAUCGCUGCUUCGGGCAACAGACCAAUCUUGAUCGUCAUUUAAAGAAACAUGAGUCAGAAGGCCCCAAUGUGGUUGACUCCCCUACCAAUGAGCUUGAAGAAAAGGAUGACUCUUACUUUGAGCAGAUUGGAAAUUUCCUGGAAAAAGGCACUCCUGAUCACGAUUCUUCAUUAGCUGAAGAAGAUGAGAUAGCCAAUGAUAGUGAUGAGUCAGAUGAGCCCUUAGUGAAAAAACUUAAAGUGGACAACAACAAUGAUUCAGACUUGGCAGAAGAAGAGGCAGAGUCCCCAAAGACAGUUCAAAAACCGUACGAGAUUAAAUCAGCACCUUUAGCAUGUUCCAUGUAAUUUUCCCAUUUACUGGACCGCAGCUGAUACACAAUCAUUUCUUAUUGGCCAAUAUGACAUGUCAGUGCCAUUUUAUUUUAUCGUAAUUAUUAUUUUUGGAACACUGGCAUUUCUUUAAGAACAGCUGAGUAUGGAAUUAUGAUAUAUUUUACUCAUUCUAUGUGUCACAAAUAUGUGAAGCACUUCAUAUAUACAUAUAUAUCUAUGAAUUAUAGUUUAUAUACUUGUACAUACAUAUAAUUAUAUGUGCGUUGAAUUUUUGUUUUAUUUUUGAAAGCAAAUCAUUAAGGUCCCAGAAAGCUGGGAUUUAUUUUUCUCAUUCAUGUCUUUCUGUACCCUUAGUUUGCAGUGUUGCAGUGACAAUCAUAUAGAAUGCAUCCCAUAGUUGAUUUACACACAGAGAGUGCAUUUGUAAUUGAUUAGCAGGGUGUAAAUAGAGUUUAGUACGUUUUACAUUUAGUGCUUUGAUGAUUAUUUGCAUCCAUUGUAGUUAUGAAAAAUAAGAUGAAUUGAUUGAAAUUAUUGAUGAAUUAUUGAGUGAUAGAAUUGAAGUGUAUCUUGAGCUAUAAUAUUGUUUUAUAUCAACUGGCAGUUUUUGUCUGCCAACAUUUUGUGCGUGUGUUUGUUUGCUUGCACCAAUCUUGCAAGAUAGAUCUAGUCAGUUUGUUGAAGUGGAGAAAAGAAAGAAAUCUGUAAUUGUAAGCCCUAGAACAAAGUCUGUGCUGUGAUUAACAUUAACAAAUGUAGUCACAUUGGGUGAAGAUACGUAGUAUUUGUAUUAAACAAUAAUUGCAUUUAUGAGGUUUGAGGGGACCACUUGUUGCAUCGAUACAGGCGUUCCGUUUUCCUGAUAACUUACAAUUUUGCCAUUAAUUGGGACCAAAAAAAGAUACUUACAUACCUGAUGUUAACACAGAUGAUAUUUUUUAUGAAUACAGAAUUUAUUCUUUACAUAUUUAACCAUUGUAUAUUUUUGAGGUGUUGCAGCUUUUUGGGUGUUUAUCACAGCUAUUGCUUCAUAGGCUUUACAUUGCACUUGGUUUUUGAUUGGUAUCAGUAUUACUAUGACAACAGGUAACCAUGGAAACAGCUGAAAUGGGACCAAUCCAAAGUUUGACUGUUUCCAAAUCUUAUCUUUUGUUACUAUUUGGUUGAAGCAUAUUUUAAAUGAAAUAUUUUAGUUUUGUUGUGAUUCACAUGUAGGUGUUUGGUAUUUCAAUCUAUUAUUUAAAACAACUGAAUUAACUGUUUGUCAUAGUUGUGUGUUAUUACCAAUUUUAAAGGCAAUUUUAAAUGCAAAAAUGUUACAUAGAUUGGCCAAAUAUGAAUACAAAGGUUACCCUGUUUGUAUCAAUCUUCCUGCAGACAUUUAAAGAAAUUUGAUUUGUGGAAUGAUAAUUCUUUUUUUUUUCUGUUUGAGACACAUUUACCCACUAGGUUGUGAAUUUAUUAUUCAAAUAAGAGCUGUUGUUACAUACAAGAUUACUGAAAACCAGAAAGCAGCAAACACUAUGAGCAGCAUUUUCUAAAGAGAACAGAUAGAUAUCAGUGUGCUAGCUGUAUGAAGACCUUAAAAAAUGAGCUUUAGAUGAUUUUUGGUUUCCGUCUUGUGUGUUAAAACAGCAUACGAAUAUUGUGGUCUUUGUCUUUGACAGGACUAGAAAUGCUACUUAAAUAGUUGCAGAUAGGUUGUGCUGUAGUUGCUAAAAUUAAUGCUUCAAUAUUUACUUCAACGUGGGAAUAGUCAAUUUUCCCAAAUUUUAAGUUAUGUAAAUAGCUUUAUUUUGCCGUAUUAUUUUAUUGUCUUUGCAUGACCUGAAUAUUUUUUUCUUUCUUUUUUUAGUUUUUUUUUUUUUUUUUUUAGAAGGAAGAUUCCUUUUUUGAGUCAAUCUCAUUCAAGUUUUGUUCUUGGUGUGUGGAAAACUAAUUUUUUUAAGUCUGGAAGUUUGAUCUGGAAUUAUUUAAAGAUUGAGGUGAUGAAAACAUUGAUGUCUCCCCCUGGCUGGUCCUAGUUCAUAAAGAAAAAAAAAGGAAGGUAUGAUUGCAACUCCUCUCAGCCGUACUUGUCGGCUUUUAUGUGCUUUUGAAUUUUAAAAGAAGUAACAAAAAAGAUUGAUUUUAACUAAUGGGCUAAUGAGAAUUAUUUUUCAUUUUGGAAAUAAGGAUUACCGCUAAGUUCACAAGUUCAGCAUCUUAUGUAUAAGUAUUAAAACUCAUAUGAAAUCAAAGUAAAGGUAACAUUGCAAUACACCACCAGGUGGAGCAUCAGUCAGAUCUGGACCAGUAAACACCUUGUUUACUUUGUGCCAUUUAGUUUUUGUUUAAUUGUGUUAAGCUUGGAUUUUCAUUAAUAUUCUCCUGUUUUUACUGUUCGUAACAGUGAAAGUAUAUAAUAGCAAAUCAUUCUUGUGCAGUCAUGUGAUAUUUUAGUUGUGUCAACACCACCACUAAGCUUCAAGUACAACCUUUAUGUAUCAAAUCCGUUCCUUACACAGUAGCAUCAGUGCAUGGUAGAUAUAAAUCAACCAAGGGUGCUAAAAAUUCUGUUACCAUAGCUUCUUGAUAAUAGUGCAAGAUAAUGUGCUGAGAUUCACACAAUGAGUUGUUUAAAAAAAUAAAUCACGUUAAGCACUGUUUUCACUUGUGAAAACGCCAGGUACUUCUACUUUUGGUUGCUAUGACAACUUAUCACAGGAUAUUUCAAACUCUCCCAGUGAAAUACUGUCAAUACUUAAUUGAUUGAAGUUGAUUGAAGAAUUCAAUAAAGAGUGUUAAAAAGAAAAAAAAAUGUUUGAAUGU